CACCCCCAGCACAGCUCCUCCUCAGCUCGUCGGUCCCCCUUUAAUGGGACUAUCUUUCUGCCUUUGUGUAAACACCCUGCCAAAACUGAGGCUCUGAGAGAGAGCUGAGACCGGGUUCAGCCCGCCCUGCCCUCCAGUCUUCGUCCCAGAGAGUUUUCCUCAUGAAAGUCUCUUCCUCAUCCAGCACAGCCCUGAUCCUGAUCCAGAUCACACGUACGCACGAACAUCGCACAGGGCUGGCACACUUCCUGCUGAUCCUCGCUCCCACCACAGCUCCAGACCCGGAUGUGAUCCCGCUGCGGAGAGAAGAAGCAGAGUUGCGGCAGAGGAGCCCACCAUGAGCCGCGGUACUCGAGCUCCGAGGCGGGGAGAGUUUCCACACAGUGCGGGAUCCGGAGAGGAAAAGAGAGACCCCGCCUCUGCUGCUGAACUGAUCCUCUCUCCAGACCAGACUCUGUAGCUGGACACAGUUCUGGGCGCUUGGAGGACUGAGGUCUCUGGAGAUGCCGCCCCCCAAGGGCUUGCUGAUCUGCGUGGGCCUUCUGCUGACUGCUGGGGGGGCCCUUGCUGUGUGCUUUGGCCUGCCGUUCCACUCGUCUUCGCUGUUUGGCGUUUUGCUGUUGCUGGAGCUGGGCGCCAUAGUGGGCGGUGUGGGCCUGUUGGUCUGUGGACUCUGCAUGGCCAUGAAGAAUCUGCAGGGGUCAGUGCCCGGACACUCUCUGCUGCAUCCCCGGACAGGAACCCGCUUCAGCCCGCAGCAGGCCCUGGCCAUACAAAGGAGGUUGGACCGUAUUCGUCGGGAGAUGUCUGAGGAUUCUGUCAGCGGGAGGGCGGAGCCUGAACCAUCCCUCCCAUCGACCCCGCCCCCCUGGACGAUGGAGCCGCCUCCGUCUUACGACACUGUGAUGAAACAGGAAGAGACUGCAGCUGGCGGAUGCCCUGAUAUUUGUCAGACUGAGCCGCAGCGAGUCCCGUUAACGUGUGUUGUGUGAUAAAGGACCUGAAUGAUGACUGCUUCACUCCGUAUUCACUGAAGGCCUUCACAUCAACAGUCGGGUCCUCCUUCGAGCACAGUAUGAGGAUAUUUUGCCGGCCUGUUUGAACAUUUGUGAACUUGUGUUUGUGAAAGGAACUGUUCCUGUAUGCCUUCCUGUCAAUCAUCAGCAGGAAAUUUAUCAACAGCCUUCUCCGCUGCAAAGUGCCUUAACCAGUGACGGCCAAAUGUCAGCGGCAUAGUGUUACUUAACCGUCAGCCUUUGUAGAGACUCUGCUGUGUCUCUAUCCUGUGAUUCUACUAUAAACACACUUUAAUAAGCA